AUGAGAGUCGAGCUUGCUGGAAUCAGGAAGGAUAUAUUCCUGGGACCCUGGCCAUUUAUUUUCCUUAUGCUUUGGUUUGCAGUUCCCAGACUGUCAAGAAACCAUGGCCUUGCAUCUUUUAAGCUCAAGUGGUGCUUGUGCCUCCUGGCCCAUAUGUCUCUCCUGCAGCAGGUGUGGGCAUUCUCUGUAGAGGUAGUAGUGGUGGGCCCUUGUGCUUGAGAUCCCUUGUUCUCAAAGGCCCUGCCUGAGGUUGCUGUUCAAUUAGCAAUUAAGCGAAUCAACCAGGACCCAUCAUUAGACCCUGGUUACUCUUUUGAAUAUGUGACUCUCGAUGAAGACUGCCAGACUUCAAGGGCCCUCUCCAGUUUCAUUUCCUACCACCAGAUGGCCUCAGGAUUUAUUGGCCCUGCCAACCCUGGCUACUGGGAAGGAGCGUGGCUCCUGGGAAACAGCUGGGACAAAGGGAUUUUCUCUUGGGCUUGUGUGAAUCAUGAACUAGACAAUAUAAAGAGCUACCUGGCCUUUUCUUGGACACUCCCUUCUCCCAUCUGGGUGCUUUUAACUGUCAUGAAAUAUUUCCAGUGGGCUCAUGCUGGAGUAAUUUCCUCAGAUGAAGACAUUUAGUUGCACAGUAAUCAAGUCGCAAGUGCUCCUCGGAGCCACAGCCCACCUGUAGGGGUCGUCCUGACCACAGGACAAGACAACCGAAGCAUUCAAAAAGCUCUUCAGUGGAUUCUCCAGGCAGACAGAAUUCACAUAAUCAUAAUGUGUAUGCAUUCCACCUUGAUUGGGGGAGAGACCCCAACACACUUCUUGGAAUGGACUAAUGAUCUGAAAAUGUUCUAUGGAACUUUUGCCUUUGUUCCUUAUGAUACUCUGCUCUACAGUUUACCUUAUAAGCACAUCCCCUACCAGGUCCUCAGGAACACCAAAGCAUAUGAUGCUGUAUUGACCAUUUCAGUGGAGUCCCAAGGAAAGACCUUCCAUGAAGCCUAUACAGAAGCAGCAGUAUUAGGGGUUUCACUGUUGUUUGGAACCAUGUACAAUUCAAUUUACUUUAUCGCACAAGCCAUGAAUAAUGCUAUGAAAGAAAAUGGACGGGCUAGUGCUGCUAGCCCGGCUCAGCAUUCCAAAAACAUGCAGUUCUAUGGAUUCAACCAAUUGAUAAGGAGAGAUUCAAGUGGAAACGGAAUUUCAGAAUAUGUAAUCCUGGAUCCAAGCUGGAAAGAGUGAGAGCUCCAUGGUACCUACACUAUGGACAUGGAAAUGGAGCUGCUACAGUUCAGAGGGACACCUAUUCACUUCCCUGGUGGCAGGUCCCCUAGAGCAGAUGCAGAAUGCUGGUUUGCGGAAGGGAAGAUCUGCUGAGGAGGCAUUGACCCUACCUUUGCCAUGAUGGUCUACAUUACUUUGCUUAUAGCCCUGCUGUCUAUUAAUGGAUGUGCUUUCUUUAUAAGGCAUCAUAUCAAUAAAAUUCAGUUGAUUAAAGGUCCCAGCAGAAUACUACUGACUCUGGAGGAUGUAACAUUUAUUAAUCCCCACUUUAAUUCACAAAGAGGAAGUCGUGCCAGUGUAAGCUUCCAGAUCAUCUCAGAGGUUCAAAGUGGGAGGUCCCCAAAGCUCUCAUUUUCUUCAGGGAGUCUAGCUACAGGUACCUAUAAAGACUCCAAAGUAGCAAUUUAUGAAGGUGACUGGAUGGAGGCUGAAAAGUACCCUCUUGGAGAUUUUGGAGACAUUAAGUCCAUUAAAUCAAAUGCAAGUGAUGCAUUUGAAAAGAUAUGAGAUCUUCAUCAUGAGAACAUUAACCCUUUAUUGGGCUUCUUCCAUGAUUUGGGAAUGUUUGCCAUUAUUAGUGAAUUCUGUCCCCAAAGGAGCUUAGAAGACAUACUGACAAAUGAGAUUGUGAAACUCCUACUGGAUCUCAUCAAGGGCAUGAAGUACUUACACCACAGUGAGUUUGUUCAUGGGAGGCUAAAGUCUUAGAACUGUGUGGUAGAUGGGCAGUUUGUGUUAAAAGUGACAGAUUACGGCUUUAAUGACAUCUUAGAAAUGCUGAGACUCUCUGAAGAGGAACCUUCUGCAGAAGAUAAGCAAUGAAUUUAGUUGCUGUGGACUGCCCCUGAACUGUUGAGAGCUCUGAGUGGCAGCAGAUUUACAGGAGAUGUCUGUAGCUUUGUCAUUAUCAUGCAAGAAGUGAUGAUUAGGGGAACCGCAUUCUGCAUGAUGGAACUGCCUGCUGAAGAAAUCAUAGACAGGCUUAACAAGCCUCCUUCUGUGUACAGACCAGUAGUUUCUGAGCAUGCCCCUCCAGAAUGUUUGCCUUUCAUGAAGCAGUGCUGGGCUGAGGUAGUAGAACAAUGACCAACUUUUGAUGAACUAUUUAAUCAGUUUAAUAUUUUCAAUGGAGGGAAGAAAACCAAUAUCAUCGAUUCAAUCCUUUGGAUAUUGGAGCAAUAUUCUAGCAACUUGGAAGUCCAAGAAUGUACUGGAGACCUGGAAAUUGAAAACCAGAAAACGGAAAAGCUUCUAACACAGAUGCUACCACUAUCAGUCUCUGAAUCCCUCAAAAAAUCCUUCACAGGCAAACCUGAUGCCUUUGAGUUGGUCAUGUACUUCAGUGACAUUGUGGGCUUCACCACCAUCUCAGCCAUGAGUGAGCCCAUUGACAUGGUGGAUCUUCUGAACAACCUGUAUACACUUUUCAACAUGGUCAUUGGCAGUCAUGAUGUCUAUAGCCUAAUCAUAGGCUGGUUUCGAGACAUGACUUUUGGUGAUGAUGAUGAUGAUGAUGAGGAUACUGAAGCUCACAGAUUAAGUGACUUGCCUCAGAGACCAUUGGAAGUGUUUAGAUGGUGGUCUCAGUCAGGCUUCCCAAAAAGGAAUGGCAGCAGGCAUGCAGCUGAGAUUGAAAAUAUGUCCCUGCAUAUCCUGAGCUACAUGGGCACCUUCAAGAUGCAGCCUGUGCCAGAAGUACCAGUUCAAAUUCAAUGGGCCUUGCAUUCUUUUGACUGUAAUCCCUCCUGCUACUCUUUAAGGCCGGUUGUUGAUGGAGUGACGGGUCUCACUCUUCCCAGAUACUGCUUGUUUGGAGACACCAUGAACACAGCUUCUCAGAUGGAAUCAACAGGUCACGCCUCUCUUUCUUUUCUGGCUUACCAUAUUCAUGUCAGUCUCAGCAUUGUUUCAAUUCUUCAACCUCUGAGUGAGGGCUAUGAAGUUGAGUUUCAGGGAAGAACAGAGCUCAAGGGCAAAUGCACAGAGGAGACCUUCUGGUUGGUUGGAAAGAAAGGCUUCAUGAAGCCUCUUCUUAUGCCCCCACCAGUGUGCAGAGAUGGGCAAGUGGGCCAUGGCCUGAAACCAUCAGAGAUUGCAGCCUUCCAAAGAAGAAAAGCAGAUCAGUUGGUGAGAAACAAGCCAUAA